ACCCCCUAUAAUACACACCCUUUCUUCUUCUUCCCUUUCCAUUUCAUUCAAUUCUAAAGAGAGAGAAAGAGAGAAUGGGAUCCGAUGUAGAAUCCGACCCGAUCUCUAUACCAAAGCUCCAGCUCUUUUCCAUGGCACUACCACGCCUCCCUGAACCAUCUGGUAUGCUAACGCCACCGCUUCAAACCUCAGCUUCCGUUCCCUUCCGGUGGGAAGAACAGCCAGGUAAGCCCCGACCUUGCACCGACCUCAUCCUCCACACCACCACCACCGCCGUCAACAGAUGCCUGGAGCUUCCUCCAAGACUAACAAUGGUAGAAUCCAACAUUAUUACAAAAACACCCUCACCCACCACCGUCCUCGACGGUCCAGGAGAUACCGGUGGCGCUGGCAAUGGCAAAUCCAUAUUUUCAUCGUCUUCCUUCAGAUUCGCGAGGGAACGACGUCGUAAAGGGCAAAGACAAGGUUCAUUUGACAGUAACUGUAGCGGUGUUUGGAGUCCCACCGACGAUAGCUCCGGCGGUGGACAUCAGCUGCUGCUUCCAGCUGGCGACAAACAAGAACAGCAGAAGGUUGGUAGAGGUCUUUUUGGAUCCUUCAGGUUAAGGGGAAGCCAUAAACCUAAGGAUGUGAAGGAUAGUUUUGUAAUUUCACCAUCUUCAGUGUAUUCAAUGGACACAGUUUUUUUGGAGAAGAAAGGGAAAAGGAUGAGAAGAAAUUCAAGCCUGUCAAAACUCACCAGGUCACACUUUUGGACAGCGAUAUAUGAAGGAUUUAAGCAAGUAGUUCCAUGGAAGAAGAAACACAAGAAGGAAAGCUUUCAUGUAUGAGAACAUUUGUGUUGAGAUCGAUGUUUGUAUUGGAUUUUGAUGCAAAAUGUGUAUGUAUAAUUAUCGCCAUCAUCUUUAUUUAUAUGUGUUACAAGAAAUUAACACUACCAAGUACCAAGAUAUGUCCAUUGUCGUUCUUUGCAUUUUGUUGUUAUGACUUGUGUUUGAUAACUAGUGUAGUUAACGUUAAU